AUGCGAGGGUCUUCACCUCGCCAAUACCCUCCGGCGGACCCAUUACCUGACUUCCACCAAACCGAUCCUGGUCCCAAUGAACCAGAUCCUGGUCCCAACGAACCCGAUCCUGGUCCCAACGAGCCCGAUCCUGGUCCCAACGAACCCGAUCCUGGUCCCAACGAACCCGAUCCUGGUCCCAACGAGCCCGAUCCUGGUCCCAACGAGUCCAAUCCUGAUCUCAAUCAGCCUGCGCACGAGCUUGACGAUAUCAAAGUCGAGCAUCAUCCUCACAGCCAAAUUCCUUCUACCGUGCAUCGCUUCUCUGAGUUCUCUCGCAGCUGCCCAACAGAAGACUAUGUACCUCGUAACGACUCACCAUGGGAGCCAUUCCGCACACGGCUUGAUUUCGAAGUAGCAGAGAUUGCACUCGAAGCUGCGAUGACAAAGGAUCAAACCAAUCGCCUUAUCAAUCUCAUACAUCGAUCUGCUAGUGGCAAUGACACGUUCACACUGCAUAAUCAUGAUGAAGUCCACUCCCUCUGGGACCUUGCUUCGCAACGUUAUACUAGAUUUCAGAACGAUGCAGUGUCUGUUCCCCUCGGAAAUGAAGUGCGCGAAUUCGACAUGCACUACCGCCCUCUCUGGGAUUGGGUCCUUGACUUGUUGCGAGACAAACGUCUCGCACCUCAUUUUGUAUUUGAUGCUCAAUGUCUCUCGAAAUUCAACGGAGAAAGAUUUGUACGUUUUAUUGAUGAACCAUGGACUGCCGAUGCGUUUUGGAAGGCACAAUCGCAGCUUCCGCCCGAUGCAAAACCACUAGCAUUCAUCCUCUAUGCGGACAAGAGUAAACUAUCGUCAUUUGGGAGCCAAAAAGGCUAUCCAAUCAUUGCGCGCAUCGCUAACCUACCGGUUCAUAUUCGUAACAGUAAUACUGCCCUAGGAGGUGGUCGUGUCGUUGGCUGGCUGCCCAUUAUUGUUGAGGAUCAAGAACAUGCGAAAAAGAAGAACUAUGUAGACUUUAAAAAUGCUGUCUGGCAUACAUCCUUCUACCAGCUUCUGGCCUCGGUUGCGAAGCACUCAAAUACAGGCUAUUGGUUUGAAUGCGGAGACGGAAUCCGACGUCAUCUCUGGCCCCUCAUUUUAAUCUUAAGUGCCGAUUACGAAGAACAAUGUAUCAUGGCAUUGAUCCGUGGGCUUAAGGGAAAAUUUCCGUGUCCAGUUUGUUUGGUUCCACAAGACGAGCAGUCCAUUCUCCGUACCCAUGAGCUGCGCACAAGCCACCAAUCUGAAGACAUACUCCGCACUGCAAGAUCAAAGCCGUCUGAGAAGGAAAAAGAGGAUCAUCUAAAGGCUUUCUCGCUUCGAAACGUUGAGAAUGUCUUCUCGAGAAUCCUUCAUGUCGAUGUUCAUCGUGCACUUUCUUUCGACCGCCUGCAUACAAACGAGGAAGGAUUAUGGGGUGACCAUUUGUGGAAGGAAGUAAAGUUUUGGAUUUUGGACCUCGGGCGUGAAGCGGCUGUCAAACUCGAUAAAAACUUCGAUGAACUUCCACGAUGGCCUAAUUUAACACAUUUUUCAUCUGUCGUCGCAGUUGAUUUCACUGAUGGUUCUGUUCUCGGUGAUCUGUCCAAGAUGAUCGUUUUUGCGGCACAGGAUAUCCUUACUUCAUCCCACUGUAAACUGGGACAGUUACUUCUUCGUUGCAUUCACUACUACGUCGAGUUUGAUAUUUAUGUCUCAUUAGAAGUACAUACAGAGGAUACAAUCGCAGCUGGAAGGCUGGCACUGCAAAAGUUCUCAGAAAUGAUGGAUGAAUAUAUUGCACAAUCGCACCCCGAAACCAACAAAAAUUGGAACUUUCCAAAGAAACACUUGGUCUCGCAUGCAUUCGACGAUAUUCUAGCCAAAGGUGUGACACGUAACUACAGUACCAAGCCAAAUGAAAAGAUGCAUGGCUCUUUACGAAAAAUCUAUCUUCAACGCACAAAUUUCAAGAAUGUUGCUUCUCAGAUUCUACACUAUGAUGAAUGGCUUCUAACUUCGACAUCCAUGCGCUCUGAACUCGACGAACUCGACAAGUACAAUCAACGAGACACCUGUGACCCUGAGACCAACGAAGUACUGGAUGACUCCGACGCUGGAACAUCUAAAUCUACUACUAUUCACGCACAUUUAGGUUCAAGGCAGGGUAAUAACUCUUUUUCCGACAUCAUGCACUUGCAUGGAACUGACAGGGCCUUCACCAACUUUCGGAUGAAGCUAAACGACUUCUUAAAUGGCUUCCUGCCACAGAAUAACAUUCCAUUACCAGAUGGAAGGCGCAUUCACAUGCAAGCAGAGGAUACAAUAACAGAGUUUAGGUUCUUGCGGAUCAAUUAUGAAUCACUAGUCGACUGGUGCAUGCACCGAGACCUACUCCAAUGCAAUCCAAAGUUCUAUGGAUCGCCGAGAUACGACUGCGUCAUCGUGAACACUGCAAACACACCAUUCUUCGCUCGCCUCGUAUACAUGUUCACUUGUUUGGUUGGCGGCACUGAAUUCCCUCUCGCACUUAUUCAGCCAUAUGACGUCGGUAUUGCUAAUAGUCAUCGGAGGCGGGAUAAUGAUAUGGGAUUGUGGCGCGUGCGAGCCAAACCUCGCUCUUCUUCUGAAAUCAUUUCGGUUCGGUCAAUCGUUCGGGGAGCUGCUCUCGCCAGAAAUCCCGAAACAGAUGGGGAUUACUUCGUCAUCCACACUGUGGACACUGACAUGUUCCUUCGAGUCAAGGCACUCCAGGCUAGCGCUCAACCAUUGUGA